CCCUGCCUCUUUGUGCCCGAGCACCGCGCUGCCCCUCUGCCCCGCCUUGCCUCGCCGUGGCGCUGCCCGCUCGGCUCCGGCCGCCGCCGCUGCUGCUGCUGAGGGGAUCGGCGGGUCAGCCCGCCCUCGCCCUGCUGCCGGGGGGGGCUUCCCCGCCCCUUCCCCCGCCCCGCCGCUUUACCCGCUCCUCGUCCCCCUGCUCCCGACGCGGGUUUCUUGCCGCCCCUUCCCCCGGGCUGUCUGUCAGCCCUCCCUGCGCGCUGCCCCUCCGCGCCUGUGUCCCCCCCCGUCUCCCCCGAGCUCCCCCGCCGCCGGGGAUGGCGCCGCUGACAGCGCCCGUCCGCGCCUGAGCCGGGAGGAGGAGGAGGAGGAGGAGGAGAAGGAGAGAUGAACCGCUUCCAGCCCGGGGUCGCGCUGCUGCUCUCGCUGCUGUGGGAGUGUACAGAAGCCAAAAAGCAUUGCUGGUACUUUGAAGGAUUAUAUCCUACAUAUUACAUAUGUCGCUCCUAUGAGGAUUGCUGUGGUUCAAGAUGCUGUGUAAGAGCUCUCUCUAUCCAGCGACUAUGGUAUUUUUGGUUCCUUUUGAUGAUGGGAGUUUUGUUUUGUUGUGGAGCUGGUUUCUUUAUCCGAAGGCGGAUGUACCCUCCUCCACUAGUAGAAGAACCUACUUUUAACGUGUCUUACACCAGACAACCAGUCAACACUGCAUCAGGGUCACAACAACCUGGAGUGCCGUAUUACACAGAUCCAGGUGGACCUGUGAUGAAUCCCAUGGCUAUGGCUUUCCACGUCCAGCCCAAUUCCCCACAAGGAAACCCGGUUUACCCACCCCCACCUUCCUACUGCAACACACCACCUCCCCCUUACGAGCAGGUGGUGAAAUCCUCCACGUGAGGACUCUCUGGCUCUCUGACCUGACUGUGUGAGAAGAAGGUGCCAUUGCAAAAUGACCGAGAUGGAGGGCAUCUGCCCUUUUGAACACUUGCUAGUUCUCCAAGUCCUCUCUCCCUCCCUUCCCCGCACCUUUCCUCAUUAAAGUUACUUGCAAAGGGGUGAUUUUUAAAAUUUUUUUCUUUUUUUUUUUUUUUUAGUAGAAGUGGAUUUUUUUCUUUGUCUUCGACAUGAGAGAAGUUGUCUUUGUAAUGCUUUUAAUGGAAACCUCUAUUUAAAAGCUGUAUGUCUUUCUCUUUAUUUAUUGUUCGUUUCAAUCGUGGGUUUAAUUGCGUUGUGGCAGGCUACUGAUAGCAGUUUUUUCAUACAACCCCAGAGUGAUGUGCACUGUCCUAAAACCCCAUAGCAGAAAUGCCCUCAGCUAAGGGGAAAUGACAGAGAAAGAGGGUGGAAGCAGCAAGGCAGUGCUUUUACCAGAAAUGGUGGCUGCCAUCUUUUCCAUUUACGUUUUUCUUGUAAAACUUGGUUCUGAUGCACAACAGAGAGAUGCUGUGAUAGAAGCCCGUGAGUGACUGAAGCACCGGUGUUGGUUGAGUCACGGCAGGGGCUUUGCCAAGUGCCCUAGAAAAGGGAGAGUCGUUGCUUUAAAUGAUGCAUCUAAAAGCAAAGGACCAGGACUGGAGUGUUUCUUGGCCAGUACCUGGACUCUGCCUGUGUGAUCGGCAUGUUGUUUUGCCAGCAGUGAGAUUGUAUGAAACAGUGGUAUGAAACCUAAAUGUCUGUAGUGAGAGGGAGGUAUUACAACCUCAGAGCUACUUGUGCUUGUUCCUCUUGACAGAACAGUUAGAAACACAGAAAUAUGGAGGUAAGAUUUCUUCCCUAAAUUGGAAAAUAAUUACAGUAAGAAGCAAUGGGAACGCACUCCCAGGUUUGCUCCCUUGGACAUUGAUGGAAGUUUUGUCCCUGACAAAUAGUAGUUUUGAUUAUGGUCUCACUGCUGCUCCAAAGAGUACCAAGUAGAGCUGUCGUCUCCAGGUGACAGAUUGGUAAAACUGCUCUCCUCUCUAGGCCAGACAAAUAAAUAACUUUUUGGGACUGAUGCUUAAGAGCGGGUCCUUGACCUGAUAUGCAGAUGGCUUGGCUUUCAGUGACUCUUGGCUCUUCAUGCGUUUUGCUGUGAGCAGCCCCAGGAUUCCCAAUUCACUGUCUCAUGCUCGUGGCUGACUCUCUUGAGUGACCACAAGCCAACACCUUCAAAGAAACACAGAGCCCCUUUCCCUGUGAGGCCUCUCACACCCACCUACGUCUAGCGAAAACGUGAAGCUACUCUGAGACAUGACUACAUACUGAUGGGACCUUCUCCCUUCGAGCAUAUUCAGAGCCAUGUCACUAAGGAGUGACAAAAAGAAGAUGCCGUCGCCUUCUACUGCUGAAGGACCUGCAGAAAGAGCAUAGCUGAGGGUUAGGAGUCUGAUACAGUCCUUUGGGUGCUGGGGGAGUGCUUACUCACUACCAGUACUCCUGUGUCACUCCAGCCAGGGCACAGGGGUCACCGAGGUGGUUUGGAGUAACCUGAAGACCUGUGUUGCGCAAGGAGCCAAAGCUUUAUUGUGCUGCUAAUGCAUGCCAGUGGCUUGUCACAACUUGUCCCUAGGCGGCGAGCUGGAUUUGCAGAACUGGCAGAAAAGAGCAUCCCUUUUACUGUGAAUAUGAGUCUUUAACACAAAACCCGCUAAGGGUCACUGUUUCUAAAAGCUGCCGGUGGAGUUAGUAGUCAUCUGGAGCAGAGCUGGCUUAUGAAGAGCUCAUUCCCGCAGACCUGACUUGGGUGAAAUUGUAACUAAGGCUUUCCCUUACUGGGCAUCAUAAUAAGGGACAGCGCAAAGUAGUUCUCCGUGUGCGGUGUAGGCUCGGUGGACACUUAAGAUAACAAAAAAGUACAUUUUAUGUAUGAUUACUAGGUCCAUCUGCCUACCACAACUGUAUAUAUAUUCUAAAUUAGCGUGCGCUUGAAGUUUAAGGCUGCGUAUGUCACUGAAUAUGGUUGUGUAUACACAUUUUUUUAAAAGCAAAUCCAACCUUUCUGUCAGUAGAAAUGACGACAGACCUCAUGUUAGUAGAUGGAUGUUGUUAAGUCCUUUUAUAUUAUGAAAUGUAUCUACAACAGCUGGCAUUUUCCUGGCCACGUUGAAUAGAAGCCUUUUAUAGUGAAUUCUUACACUGGACAUUGAAAUUCAACUUCUGGUGAAGUUUUCCUGAAGUCUGGCUGGUUUAUUUGCUAGUGUUGGUGGAUGACUCUACCUCGUAAAACACACGGACUCCUCUGCUAGCAAACUUGCGUGGUCUUCUCUUGAAAACACAGCACCUGUGUGGGCAUCUGUAUGAAUUACUUGCAAACUGUUUACAUGCCUUUCCUCCUGUUGCCUCGCUUUUGGAAGUUUUUAUGUUCUCUUAAUUUUUUCCCCCCUUUUUUUCCCCCUUUUAGUUUAAAAAAGUAGUGGGGAGAAAGAAGGGAGAAGCCCUGUAACUGUUGGUAGGGUGAUAUCAACAAUAUGAAGUUGCUCGGGAGUGUACGUUGCAUGUUUUGCAAGGUUGGGCUGGAGGAUGGCUGGAGCAGAAGUAGGUCUUUCUACAGUCUCGGGGGCUUCUCUUGCUCAUAAAACUUGUGCAGGCUUUCUUUUGAAAUGCGUUUUAUUAAAGUGAGA